AGUUUUACGGAGAUCACAGCACUCGCAAGCGCAGAAGGGGCUGAACGAAAAAAGCCUACUCUCCUCGUCUUCUUUCGGUUGUUCGCAUUCGUUGGGUACUCGAGUGAAGAAGCCCGUCCAACGAGUUCUCUCGCUCACCCACAACCAUAUAUAUAGUACGUAUAUACAACCUUUUCUUUUCCUGUUCCCCAUGUCGUGGCAGCAGCCGACGGGCAACGUGAACCCGAACGCGCCAUCCUUCACGCCUGGCAACUUCAAUCCAAACCAACAGGGCGGCGCCUACUACCCCCAGCAAGGCGGCUACAACGGCAAUAACAGCCAGUACGGCCAGCAAUGGAGCUACAACCCACAGCAGCAGCAGCAGGGUGGGUACAACAGCAAUUACCCACCUCAACAGGGCACCGGGGGCUAUCAGGACCCUUACAACAAUAACACCUACCAGCCGCAACAACAAGGCGGUGGUGGUGGUGGUUACUAUCCUCGUGGCGGUUACGGCGGUCAGCAGCAGCAGCAGCAGCGGGGUGGGAACCGAGGUGGUAGCAACUACCCACAGCAGCAGCCGCAGCAACAGCAGGGCGGUUACAAUUAUAACAACAACGCGUACGUUCCACAGAACAUGCAGCAACGCUACCAGCAAAACGAAGGCUAUCAGCAGCAGGUCCAACCGCAGAACACGGCGCAGCCGCAGCCAGCUUCCCCGGCCUCCCCGACCGCGGCGACCUCCGACGCUGCGAGACUGUCCCUCGGGGGCGGUGCCACCCAGCCGGUGGUGCUGCCCAAGAAGAAGGGCGGCGGCACGCUCUCCCUGGGCAAGAAGAAGCAGGAGGUGGCCAAGGCGGCAGGGGAUGCCGCGACGCCGCAGCCGGGGGCGAACACCCCAACGACGACAACAGCGGCGACGGCGAAGGAGUCGGGCGAGUCGCCGGUAGCGCCGGCCUCCGAGAGCGGGCCGGCCAGCCCGUCAUCGCCGACGACCACCGCGGCGGACGAGCAGCCGACCAACGCCUCCUCUCCGGCGCCGGAUAGCGCGACGAGCAAAUCGGCGUCGCCGGCGCCGGCGAAGGAGACGGAGAAGGACCGCAGCAAGAUGACGCCGGAGGAGCUGCGGGAGGCGGUGAAGAAGGAGAUCGCGCGGCUGCGCUCGUGCAGCAAGAAGACGUACAAGCGCGACCCCCGCCCGCACUACAACAUCGUAUUCUGCGGCCACGUCGACGCCGGCAAGUCCACCAUCUCCGGCCACCUGCUGAUGGAGAAGGGGCUGGUGGACUCGCGCGAGAUGGACAAGCUGCGCCGCGAGGCUGAGAUCCACCACCGCGAGGGCUGGGAGUACGCGUACGUGAUGGACGUGUCGGAGGACGAGCGGGCGAAGGGCAUCACCCGCGAGACGGGCGCGGCGUACUUUGAGACGGAGAAGCGCCGUGUGACAGUGCUGGAUGCGCCGGGGCACAAGGCCUUUGUGCCCUCCAUGAUCGGCGGCGCCACGCAGGCCGACAUUUGCGUUCUCGUCAUCUCCAGUCGCACGGGCGAGUUCGAGACGGGCUUCGAGAAGGGCGGGCAGACGCGGGAGCACGCCAUGCUCGUCCGCACCUGCGGCGUGAAGCAGAUGAUCUGCGUGGUGAACAAGAUGGACGAGAUGAAGUGGAGCAAGGAGCGCUACGACGAGAUCGUGGGGAAGCUGCGGCCUUUUCUGCGCCAGAACGGCUACAGCGAGGAGGGGGCGAAGAACCUGCUGUUUAUCCCGGUGGCGGGCCUGACGGGGGAGAACCUGAUUAAGCACGUGGACGCCGCUCACUGCGACUGGUACAAGGGCCAGACGAUGAUGGAGGUGAUCGACGAGCUGAUGCUGCCGGAGUCGAAGACGGAAGACGACGUGCUCUGCAUCCCGCUCGUCGGCGCCUAUAAGGACGACGGCAAGACCUACAUCUACGGCAAGGUGGAGUCCGGCUCCAUCGCUGUUGGCGAGAAGAUCCAGGUGCUGCCGGCGAAGCAGGAGGCGGUCGUGGAGGGCAUCUCCAUCGAGUCGACCGAGUUUGAAAAGUGCUACCCCGGCGACAACGUCCACCUGCGCGUGCGUGGCAUCGAUGAAAACGAUAUCCACGGCGGCUACGUCGCCACCUCCAUCCCGACCUCGCUGCGCGCCGUCGAGUUCUUCCAGGCGCGGGUGGUGAUCCUCGACGUGCGCAACAUCAUCAGCGCCGGCUCGCGCGUGAUGCUGCACAUCCACGCCGCGCAGGAGGAGGCGUCGUUCCACAAGCUCUUCGCCAAGGUGGACCGGAAGACGAACGAGAUUGUGGAGAAGGACCCGGCCUGCGUGAAGGCCGGCGAUAUCGUCAUUGCGCGUAUUGAGCUGGACCGCCCAGUGGUGAUGGAGGUGCACAAGGACUUCGAUAAGCUGGGCCGCUUUAUGCUGCGCGAUGACGGUAAGACGAUUGCGAUUGGCGUCGUGACGAAGCUGUACGAGUCGACCCACGAGUCUCUCGCCAAGACGGGUAAGUAG